AUGGGCUUCGUGCAGAGCCCCGCGGGGGUUCUGGGCGUCGCCUUCAACCAGGAUGCGUCGUUCUUCGUCGUUGCGCUAGAGAAGGGCUUCCGCGUGUACAACGCGGAGUCCCCCGUCGACUCGAUGCGGCGGGAGGACGGCCAGGGCAUCGCACAGGUGGAAAUGCUGUUUCGGUGCAACAUCUUCGCCCUAGUCGGCGGCGGUGCGGACCCGCAGUACUCCCCGAGCAAGGUCAUGAUCUGGGACGACCACCAGGGCAGCUGCAUCGGCGAGCUCAGCUUCCGGUCCCCCGUCCGCCGCGUCUGCCUACGGCGGGACCGCGUCGCCGUCGCCCUCGAGCACAAGGCGCUUGUGUAUAACUUCGCAGACCUGCGCCUGUUGCACCAAAUCGAGACCAUCGACAACGCCGAGGGCCUGCUCGCGCUGUCCGCGGGCGCGUCGACCGUGCUCGCGUGCCCCGGGCUGCACAAGGGCCAGGUGCGGCUCGAGCUGUACGACCUCCGGCGUACGCGGUUCGUGCGCGCGCACGACUCAGGGUUGCAGAAGAUUGCGCUGAGCGCGGACGGGAGCCGGCUCGCGACGGCGUCGGAGCGGGGCACGCUCGUGCGGAUAUUCAACACCGCGGACGGCGCGCCGCUGCAGGAGCUGCGCCGGGGGGCCGACGCCGCGACGAUUUUCAGCAUCGCGUUCUCGCCGGACGGCACGAAGCUCGCCGCAACGUCGGACCGCGGCACGGUCCACGUCUUCGGCCUGCGCGACGGCGCCGUGGCGCCCGACGGCGCGGCCAGCGACAGCAGCAGCGGCGCGGCACCAGGCACUAAGAAUCGCACCCUCGGCACUGCGCACAAGGCACUCGGAGUGAUCUCCGGCUUCCUGCCGCGGUACUUCAACUCGGAGUGGUCCGCGCUGCACUUCCGGCUGCCGCAAGCGGAGGCCGUGCGGCCGUCGGUGGUGGCCUUCGCCCCGUCGAGUGAUGCGGUGUACGUGGUGACGCACUCCGGGGCGUACUUGCGCGUGGAGCUGGACGAGGCGAACCAGCAGUGCGUGCAGCGGGCGUACGUCAAGUAUCUAGAGAUCGGCGAGCGGUGA